GGAAAGAAAAUUCUAACUUAAGAAAUGUGGAAGUUCUGCAACGGGUGGGUGCCCAUACACUGCGGUGUUCAGCUUCGAAGCUCAGAAUAAAUCGCCCAAAAACUGCUCACUUUCACUUUCGAUUCGCAAUUCUCUCCACAUUUCGUCUUAAUCCUUUGAUUGUAUCUCCAUCAACAUGGUAGAAGCAGCGGCUGGUGACUCGGACAAAGAGGAUUUGAACUCAAGGGACUCAGACGAAGAUGAUCUUGCUGAAGCCGAGGAGGAGAAGACGUGGUCGGGUGAAGGAGGUGAAGUUGUCGAACCACAUGUAGGUAUGGAAUUCGACUCAGAAGAUGAUGCUAGGAGAUUCUAUAAUGACUAUGCUAGGAGGGUAGGAUUCGUCGUGCGCGUCAUGCAACGCCGCCGUUCCGAGAUUGACGGUAGAACCCUUGCCCGCCGGCUCGGAUGUAACAAACAGGGCUUCUCCCCAAACACAAAAGGCAUGAUCGGGCCCGAGAAGAAGCCACGGCCCAGCGCACGCGAAGGUUGCAAGGCAACGAUACUAUUCAAGUUGGAGAAGUCCGGGAAGUGGGUGGUGACGCGUUUUGUCAAGGAACACAACCACCCUCUAGUCGUCACCGCCCAAGAAGACACGAAUGUGGUACGCCCUACGCCUUCCUCUUCUCAUAUUUAUCAAUUGUUUCAACAGAAGCUACCGGUUCUGAUUAUCUGUUCACGAAUGCAGCUCGAUAAGGACAAGAGGAUCCAAGAGCUCGCACGUGAGCUGCAACGGCAGGAAGAGCUCUGCGCUGCGUACAGGGAGAGACUGAUCAACCUUCUUUCGACCGUCGAGAGCCAAGCCGAUCAAAUGUCUUCAAAAGUUCUAGCAGUGGUUGAAAGUGUGAAGAAAGCAGAAGCAGAAGCUCUUACUGAAGCCCUAACAAUACCCUUGGAUAAAUAGCUGUAUAAUGUAAGAGUCAUGUUCAUGUUGUUAUUCUUAGUAUAUAUCAAGAUUUCUUUUAAUAUGUUAUUUUGUUAUUACUAUUAAUAAGAGUGCAACCUUUUUCACAGUGGCUA